UAUAUUUGGAUUUUUGGCUUGGAACGCUGUCUUACGUUAUUAUUGUCUGUAAACUUGAGGCAACUUCUAUCUCGCCGUCUCGUCUCGUAGGUUAUGUCGCAUUGACAACGCGCACUAAGAUCGUGAUCACGAACUCUGUAAAACCACGUGCGAAUCAAUCUCAACCUGACUCAGUCAAACAAGCAAUUAAACAAGUAGAAUCGCACGACAUUCUAUCCUCCAUUUAAAAGGUUGGCUGCACACUCAAGUAUCUCGGUAAAAGACUUAUUCUCGCCUUUAUUUUCUUCACGGGGACGUGAGAAAAGAGAAAGAAAGAAAGAAAGAAGGAGAGGCAGAGAGAAAAAAAAGCCGUGUCCAAAUCGACGCACAGCGCAGAACGCACGUGGUAGAAAAGACAUAACUACGAGAUGUCGGCAUCUCCUAUUGCCAGACAGGCCACCCAGAGCCAAAGCAUACCAUCCAAGAGGGUUAUUAUUCAUGAUCCCAAUCAGCUACCGGUUGAUUAUUCGUCUACCCCUGGAGGCACGCUCUAUUCCACGACGCCGGGAGGUACUCGCAUCGUGUACGAACGCGCGUUUUUGAUGAAUUUGCGGAACUCUCCGAUAUCACGAACGCCACCACGCAACCCGCUGACCAUACCGUCUGAAUUGUUGAAGGGGAACACUCCGGUUAUCACGAAAGAUCCCGCAAAAAAUACUAAUAAAGACUCUGUGAUGAUCGAGGAAUCCGCGGAGCAAUUUGAAAUGGAUAUGUGAGACAAAUACAACGUGCUGUUGUUUAUGAUUGAAAUGUGUUCGUAGCCAUGCUCAAAAAUAUGGUCAAUCAGUCCAACGACGAUCGCACAGAGUGGAGAGUACAUGGCUAAUACGCUUUAAUCCUGUGCCUUAUACCAGUGGUCUUAUUAAGAAUUGUGAAUCUUAUAAAAAGAUUUUCUCCUUGAUGAAAGGCCAUUUCUUAUUCAUAUAUUAUUAUAUAUAUUAUAUACAAAUCAUUUUAUUCUCGACGCUAGUUCUUGACCAAUGUUAUACGUAUGAUAUAUUUGCAUAUAAAGAACGACCAUGAGUGUGAAGGUACUAAUGAAACAUUAGUGAUCUGUUAUGUCUUCCUUUAAAAAAUGGUCAAUAUUGCUUUGUAAUGUGUUUUGU